GAAGGAACAUUGGUGACCCUGUAAGGUGGCACAGACCUCCCUGGGGAGAUUGUCCCCGCCAGGUUAACCUGGAAGCAUGUGGAGGUGGUUCCCACGGUCCGAGGCAGUCAAGGACUUCCCAGGGGAAGUAGUCACAGUGGAGUGUCUUUCAUUGUCCCAGGAAGAUGACAGUAUUGGAAGUUGGCGGUGGCCUCAGUGUCCUGGCAGGUGCUGUACCGCAAGCGGUGACGAAAUGAAGAACACAGAGGAGAAAAGUGACAUGAACAUUGCAUCUCUUGUUGGAAGGGAGCAGCUCAUGCAAGGUAGAGAUGAAGAUCAGCUUCCCCUGAAUGUGUCUGCGUUUAUAGAAAAGGAAGUGGGAAGUGACCUUAAAUCUUUAAAGAAACUUGGCAAACUCAUAGAACAGAUGACAGAAAACAAAAUGAAGUUAGAAGAACAGGUACUUACAAUUUCAUCAGAAAUCCCUAAAAGAAUUCAAAGUGCUUUAAAAGAUGCAGAGGAAUCCCAACAAGUUCUUAAUCAGUUUCUGGAGCAGGAAACUCCUCUCUUCAGCUCCAUCAUUAGCCAUUUGCUGACUGCACAGCCCUGGAUGGAUGAUCUUGGGGCCAUGAUCAACCAGAUAGAAGAGAUUGAGCAGCAUCUCACAUACCUUAAAUGGGUUUCACAGAUCGAAGAGCUAAGUGAUAACAUUCAGCAAUACCUGAUGACCAAUAAUGUGCCAGAGGCUGCCUCUAUCCUGGUGACCAUGACAGAACUUGACAUCAAGCUUCAGGAGUCAUCUUGUACUCAUCUUCUUAGUUUCAUGAGAGCCACCGUUAAAUUCUGGCAUAAAAUUCUCAAGGACAAGCUUACCAGUGAUUUUGAGGAAAUUUUAGCACAGCUUCAUUGGCCAUUCAUCACACACACCCAGUCUCAAACUGUUGGCAUAAGCCUGCCUGCUAGUGCCCCUGAGGUGUAUGCUACUCUGGAGACACUGUUUUGUCAGCUGUUGAAACUACAAGCCUCAGAUGAAUUACUAACUGAGCCCAAACAACUCCCAGAAAAAUAUUCUCUUCCUGCAUGCCCUUCUGUGAUCCUGCCCAUCCAGAUCAUGCUGACUCCCCUUCAGAAGAGAUUCAAGUACCACUUCAGAGGCAACCGGCAGACGAAUGUUAUCAGUAAGCCUGAAUGGUACUUGGCUCAGGUACUUAUGUGGAUUGGAAACCAUGCUCACUUUCUGGAUGAGAAGAUUCAGCCAAUAUUGGAGAAAGCAGGCUCUGCAGUCAAUGCAAGGCUUGAGUUUUCUCGGGGCCUUAUGAUGCUCAUACUUGAGAAGUUGGCUUCCGAUAUACCUUGCCUGCUCUAUGAUGACAAUCUCUUCUGUCAUUUGGUGGAUGAGGUGCUGUUGUUUGAAAGGGAGCUGCACAGUGUUCAUGGUUAUCCUAGCACUUUUGCUAGUUGUAUGCAUAUUCUGUCAGAGGAAACCUGUUUUCAGAGAUGGUUGACUGUGGAGAGAAAAUUUGCUCUUCAAAAAAUGGACUCAAUGCUUUCGUCAGAGGCUGCCUGGGUAUCCCAGUAUAAAGACAUCACUGAUGUGGAUGAAAUGAAGGUUCCAGACUGUGCAGAAGUUUUUAUGACUUUACUUUUGGUUAUAACUGACAGGUAUAAAAAUCUCCCCACAGCUCCUCGAAAGCUGCAGUUCCUGGAGUUACAGAAGGACCUAGUAGAUGAUUUUAGGAUACGAUUAACACAGGUGAUGAAAGAAGAGACUAGAGCUUCACUUGACUUUCGAUACUGUGCAAUUCUUAAUGCCGUGAACUACAUCUCAACAGUACUGGCAGAUUGGGCUGACAAUGUUUUCUUUCUGCAGCUUCAACAGGCAGCACUGGAGGUCUUUGCAGAGAAUAAUGCCCUCAGUAAGCUGCAGCUGGGACAACUAGCCUCCAUGGAAAGCUCUGUCUUCGAUGACAUGAUUAAUCUCUUAGAGCGUUUAAAGCUUGAUAUGUUGACUCGCCAAGUAGAUCACGUUUUUAGAGAAGUGAAAGAUGCUGCAAAAUUGUAUAAGAAAGAAAGGUGGCUGUCCCUGCCAUCUCAGUCUGAACAGGCAGUGAUGUCCCUGUCCAGCUCAGCCUGCCCACUUCUGCUGACCUUACGGGACCGUCUGCUUCAGCUGGAGCAGCAGCUUUGUUUCUCCUUAUUCAGAAUCUUCUGGCAAAUGCUUGUAGAGAAGCUGGAUGUAUACAUCUAUCAGGAGAUAAUCCUUGCUAAUCAUUUCAACGAAGGAGGAGCAGCCCAGUUGCAGUUUGAUAUGACACGGAAUCUUUUCCCUUUGUUUUCUCACUAUUGCAAGAGACCGGAAAACUAUUUUAAACAGAUCUCUCUACGUAACCCUGCCUAUCCUGGAACUCACAAUAUAGAUCAGGCUGUCUUUGAAAUCACAGAGUUCUGAGUGCUGGGAUUAAAGGCAUACUCCAACAUGCCCCACAUUGAUGAGGUUUCCUAAUGAAAAAGAAUAAGGCCGCCUCUAUAACUUUCUCUCUAACUCUAUCAUUACUCCUUUCUUUCCUUAGGGUAAGUUUUCCCUGCUUUCUCUUUGUAGUUACUGAAAGUUAAAGGGAAUGAAAUAUUUCACCCAAAAGGUAAUGGGUGUUGAGUGGGGAGAUGGCUUAGUAGGUAAAGUGCUUACUGUGCAAGUGUGAGGACCUGAGUUUGAAUCCUCAGAACCCAUGUAAAGCUGGACACAGUAGGGUGAACUCUGCUUCUACAGCAAGGUGCAAGGUGGAGAUGGAGAAUCCUGUAAGGUUGUGAGCUAGCUAGCCUGGGGUACACAGCACUGCAGCACGCAACAAAGACAAGGUGGGAGGUGAAAAUUGACAACUGAGAUUUCUGUGACCUCCAUGACCAUGCAUGCACACAUAUACACACAAACACAUGCACACCCACAUCCACAUACACUAAUCAAGAAAGGGGAGUGGUACUUCCUGUGCUUGGUAUUAAUACUUCAAAAUCAUACCAUGUUAUUAAAAUCUAAAGAGCUUAUGCUUUGUCCCUGAGUUUAUCCAUUUAUUAAAUGUACAUUAUUUAAAACUUCACCUGCAACACACAGACCCAAGUGUCUUAGGGCUGGAAAAAUGAGAAUGAGAGAAGAAAUGAAAAUUUACGAACAAUAAUUAUUUUCAACUGGAGAAGUUAUGGAGUAGCCUUACUCUGUAGGUCACACUGACCUUUAUACUGCACAAAUGAUAAGCAGCCUCUGCCAGAGUAGUCCACCAUCUCAAACAUUGACAUGAUGUCAGUAAAGAAAGGAAGUGUUCUUCAAGACUCUCAGCUGUUCCUAAAGAGAAAUUAAAGUUUCUCUCUUUUUUUUUGCAAAUAAAUAGUUGAAAUUCAUUGUUGUAUGAAAUUAAACUGUGUCAUAAGUAGAAAUAGUCACUUAAGAGUUAGAUGUCUAUGUUCAAAGUACUGUGCCAGUCACUGCGGAUUCAGUCUCCCAUGAAACUCAACUACAGCAUAGAACACUUAUGUAACUGAACUCAGCAGUGCUCUACAUCAGAGGGCUGAGUGUUACAGCAUGGAGACUGGACCUGGGUUUUUUUUUUUUAGGUUCCCAGAUCUAAUUUUCAGACACAGAUGGAAACCAGAAAGAUGGGACAGCAUGAUGCAGGGAAGAAGCUAGCCAGCUAAGACACAGGGAACAGAGACAGUCUUAGACUCAGUUUUCUGACGAGGUAGCAUGUUUAUGUCUAACAUAGAAGCAGUGCUCUGGAUCAACAGGCUCUUCUAUUGAACUGAUUUUAAAAGCAGAAAAUCCAAUCUACUUUCCAAAAAUAAUGAGACAGUCAUGGCAGAAGUCUAUGAUCUGUUUUAACAAGUUUUUCUAAAAUUUUUAUCUUGACACUCAUAUUAAUCAACUUUUUUAAUGAUAAGACAAAAAUGAUCAAACAUAAUAUUUAUAAUUGACAUUAUAUAAAUCCCAUCUACAUUAAUUAUCCUCUCACUUAAGUGUUCCAUUUUUCAGACUGUCUAAUUUUUUAUCAAACAGAGACCAAACACCCUCCAUUGUAAAAAUGUUUACCAUUUUUUGAUGUGGGAAAAAACUUUCUUUUAACUAAUUCCUGUCCUUAACAAAUCCCAGUUGACUCACCAGAUCUGCCGACAAUAAGAUUCAGAUGAUGGUGUGGCAGCAGCCCGAGGUGGGGUGGCCCAGAGAAAGCCAAAACCCACUGGGAGAGGAAAGAAGUGAAAAAUCCAGCCAUCUGCACAGGGAACACAAGAAAGUGGCUAACUCCUAUGGUUUUUGGAGCCCAGAAACCUAUGGAGUUUGCUUCAGAGAGGCUACAAUAAAUACCUUAGCCAGUGGAUUAAGGACUCCAGCUCACGUGGGGUUGAGACUCUGGCCGUAUGCCGCUUGGACCCGAGCCAGGGUCUGCAAAGCAAGCAUCUUUUUCAUGAAUUCAUGCCCCACAAAUUGGACGCCGGAUGUUGUUCGAAUCUUAGAUGGUCUUUUAAUAAAAAAUCAGAGCCACAUAUCAGGGUGAAAGCGGAAAGAUGAAGCAGAAUAGCCAGCUACUAGUUCUUACCUCUGUGAAAUUCUCAGUCUAAAGAGAGUGAGUUCCUGUUUCCUCAUGCCUUAUGUACCUUUCUGUGCCCGACAUCACUUCCUAGGAUUAAAGACAUGUAUGCUUCCCAAGCAAAGGCAUGAGAUCUCAAGUCCUGGGAAUAAGGGUGUGUGCUACCAGUGCCUGACCACUAUGUCUAAUCUAGUGGCUGGCUCUGUCCUCUGAUCCUCAGGCAAGCUUUAUUAGGGUACACAAUAUAUCACCACAACACGUACACACGCACCUUUUAACAAACAAUGCACUCAGCAACCUGGGAACUCCACCUGCAUUGAGCUGCAUAUUCACCUCUCUCCAAACAGGCAGUUGGGUCAAGUUCCAUUGCCUUGAUAACUCCCCCUUUGUGGCCAAAUACAUUCUGAAACUAGGUGUAGUCUGAUCCCAGGACUCCAUAACAGAAGGAGAGAAAAGAAACCUCAAGCUGCCUUCUAGGCUUCACACACUUGCAUAUAUGUAUGCACUGAAUAAAUGAAUGAAUAUAUAUAAUUUUAAAGUGAAGAGAGAAUCAGAAAACUACUUACAUUGUAGAUUACCCUUAGCAAACAACUCCUACUUUUGGAAUGGAAAAGAAACCUUAGGAAGCAAUCAGUGACUCUUGAGUGACUCUCACUCAGAGCCCAAUGCUCUCUGGUGGUCUAUCUGGCCUGUACUCUGUUUGCUUCUCAAUAAAAUCUUUAGCUUCUUUCUAUUUUGUGUGCUUCUUCAAUACUUUGGACAAGAUGCUAAGAAUCUGGAUACACCAGUGUAGAGAGAGACCCCUGACAACAUAUGAGUUAAUAUUAGACCAAGAAGACUGAGAGCUAGGGUCACAGUGUUAAAUACUGAGAGGAACUAUACAUGUGGAGUUACACACACACACACACACACACACACACACACACACACACAUAUUUGGGUGAAUUAGUGAUACAUAGAAAACUGAGCAAAUAGUAUUAAGUUUAGAGGAAAAAAUACCAAAGGAAAUGUAAUCAAAACAUUAUAUACCUAUAUCUAUAGAUAGAUAGAUAGACAGACAGACAGAUAGAUACACUAGCUGUAGACAUUUGUGUAAAAUAGCAUUGACAGUUCUGAACGUUGGCUGUACUAAAUUUGUGUUUUAAAUUUAAUGGUAAGGAGAGAUAAGUCAGUGGUUAAGAGCACUUGUUUUUCUUGCAGAGGAUCUAGUUCAGGUCCCAGCAUGCAUAUGGUGCCUCAUAACCACAAGUUAUUCCAGUUUUCGAGUUCCAGGAUAUCUGACACUCUCUUCUGACCUCAGGCACCAGGUACACCCAUGAUGCACAGACAUAUAUGCAGGCAAAAAAAACUUUAUAUAUUUAAAUAAAAAUUUAAAAUAAAAAUAAUUCAAAAGACUUUUCUCAUCCCCUAGGUGGUCUUACUAGUUUUCGUUAUUUCCUGAGUUGGAAUGGUAUUUCUGUUUCUUUCCUUAGAAGGAAAUGGACAUUUUGGAAUUUUGCACACAUUAUGAAGGUUAGCAGGCCCAAUCGCCCUGGGAGGAUGCAAUGCCAUUUUCAUCUCCACAUGACUUCUUACCAUACACCAACAAAAAAUUAUGAAAUAACCCAAACUUUGAAAUGGUAUGUCUAAAGUAUGAGAAUAUCAGGAAAAUCUGGCUCCCCAGGAGGAUCCCAGCAGCUCAUGGUGUCAGAUGUUUAGCUUCCUUACUAAAUUAGAGACUCCUUGGAAUUGAAAAGCCCUGUUGCUUGCCUAGCCAAGGCUGGUUUAGCUGUAAUUCAUUUGAUCUUCAUUAUGUUCCCAUGAGCUUCUGUACUAUUGUUUCCAGUUUCCAGUGGAAGAGACUGACACUCAUUACUAAGGGGUAGACCUGGAGCUAGACAGUCCCCAGAUUCUGCUACCCUCUGAGUCCUCUCCUAGUCUUCCUGCCACACCAAGGUAGAGGCAGGUACCAAGAGGCUAUUUCUCAUGUUUGAUUUUGGGGAGGAUGUCAAUAUUUUUCAGCAGAGUACCUUGGCAGGUCAGAGCCAAGGAAUGCCACAAAGUCAUCAUGCAACAGAUUUCACACAAGAGAUUUAGUGAGGGAGAGGGAGUGAAAGGCUACCUCAGACCAGGGACAAGAGAGAAAGGGGUGGGGAGAGAGAGAGAGAGAGAGAGAGAGAGAGAGAGAGAGACAGACAGACAGACAGACAGACAGACAGACAGACACAGAGAGAGACAGACACAGAUACACAGAGACAGAGAGAAAGGGUCCCUGAUGGCAGGGACCUUUUAAACAGGUAUAGCGUGUGUGCACUAUAGGGAGAAUAUUUGGUGGCUGUGACCUCUGGUGCUGGGUGACUGAAGGCAGGCUGGGUGGUCCUUGGUUUACUAACAUUCCUCCUCUUAUAUAUCAUAAAAUGCGAGGAAAUAGGAAUGUGUGACUGGUGAGGCAGGAAUGGUGAUGUCAUGCUCUUUAGACUGCUUUCUGUUGUCUGGGGGCAUUGAUAUUUUCGUAUUGCUGCCUUGAGGACCAGUCUCCAGAGCUCAGGGCUUGAGUUGGUGGACCUCUGAGUUUUCUAUUUGAGGGAACAAAACUUAAUUCUCUGAGGCUGUCGAGAGAGGGAAAACACACACACACACACACACACACACACACACACACACACACACACACACACACACACACACUAUUAUGGUCUCUAUGAUCUUGUCUUAGUUCUUUAUUUAAUUUCUUUUUUAAAUUUCUUUAAAUUAUUUUCAUUUUACUUACCAACCACCAUUCCUCCUCCCAUUCCUCCUCCUGCUACCUGCCCCUUCCACCUUGCCCCAGCCCCCCUAUCUACUCCUCUAAAAGGGUAAGACUUUCCAUGGGAGUCAACAAAGCCUGGUACAUUCAGUUGAGGCAGGAUUAAGCACACACUCCACCCCCCGCACGCAUCAAGGCUGAGCAAGGCAUUCCACCAUAGGGAAUGGGAUCCAGAAAGCCAGCUCAUGCACCAGAGAUAGAUCCUGGUCACACUUCCAGGGGUCCCUCAAACAGACCAAGCUACAGAACUGUAUCCCACAUGCAGAGGGCCUAGUUGGUCCCAUGGAGGCUCCACAGCUGUCAGUUUAGAGUUCUUGAGUUCCCACAAGCUUGGUUCAGUUGUCUCUGUAGACUUCCCCAUCAAGAUCUCGAGCCCCACCCCCCUGCUCAUAUAAUCCCUUCUCUCUCUUUUCGACUAGACUCCUGGAGCUCAGCCUGGUGCCUGGCUGUGGAUCUCUGCAUCUGCUUCCAUCAGUUACUGGAUAAAGGCUCUAUGGUGACAGCGUAUUCACCAAUCUGAUUACAGGGGAAGGCCAGUCCUAUCAUCCUCUCCACUAUUUAUAGGAGUCUUAGCUGGGGUCAUCUUUGUGGAUUCCUGGGAAUUUCCCUAGCACCAGGUUUCUCUCUAACCUCAUAAUGGCUCCCUCUAUCAAGAUAUCACUUUCAUUGCUCUCCCUAUCCAUCUUUCCCCCAACUCAGCCAUCCCAAUCACUCAUUUUCCCAUCCCCUACAUUCUCCCCUCUACCCUUUACCCACUCCUGCACCCAAUUUAUCCAGGAGACCUCAUCGAUUUUCUAUUUCCAGAGUGACCCAUGCAUCCCUUUUAGUGUCCUACUUGUUAACUAGCUUUUCUGGAGCUGUGGGUUAUAGUCUGGUUAUUCUUUCCUUUACACCUAGUAUUCACUUAUGAGAGAGUACAUACCAUGUUUGUCUUUCUGAGUCUGGGUUACCUCACAGGAUGAUAUUUUCUAGUUCCAUCCAUUUGCCUGCAAAUUUCAUGAUGUCAUUGUUUUUUACAACUGAGUAAUAUUCCAUUGUGUAAAUGUACUAUGUUUUUUUUAUCCAUUCUUUGGUUGAGGGUCAUCUAGGUUGUUUCCAGGUUCUGGCUACUAUGAAAAAUACUGUGGUAUCAUUGAGCAUUCCUUGGGUAUAUGCCCAAGAGUAGUAUCAUCAGGUGUAGCACGAAUCUUGUUUUUUUUUAAAAUUUUUUUUAUCCAUUUAUUUUUUUUCUUAAGAAAUUUUAAAAUUUAUUUUACAUACCAAUCACAGAUCCCCCUCUUACCUCCUCCCGUCCCUCCCACCCCCAUUCCCUCCUACAACAAGGUAAGGCCUCCCAUGGGGAGUCAGCAGAACCUGGUACAUUCAGUAGAGGCAGGUUUAAGCCCCUUCCCCUGCCUCAAGGCUGAUGUAACAUGAAUCUUAAAAGGUCUUAUAAUAAAAAACCCAGAGCCAGAUAUUGGGAUGAAAGCUGAAAGAUCAGAGAAGCAGAGCAAGCCACAACUAAGCUCACCUCACCAACUCUUCAGCCAAUCCUGUUUCCUCAGACUGUAAGUCUCCGAGUCCACACUUGAUCUCAGCUGAACUGCUUUAGAUCCUGUUUCCUAACACCUUAUACAACUUUCUCCACCCUGCCAUUACUUCCUGUGUGCUUCCAAGUCCUGGGAUUAAAGGUGUCACUGCCUGGCUCUGUUUCCAGUGUGGCCUUGAACUCACAGAGAACCAGAGUGACAGGAUUAAGGGUGUGUACCACCACUAUCUGGCCUCUGUGUCUAGUCUAGUGGCUGGUUCUAUCCUCUGAUCCUCAAGGCAAGGUUUAUUAGGGUACACAAUAUAUCACCACAAUUGGGUCUUGAGGUAGAUUGAUUCCCAAUUUUCUGAGAAACUGCCAUACUGAUUUCUAAAGUGGCUAUACAAGUUUGCAUUCCCACCAACAGUGGAGGAGUGUUCCCUUGCUCCACAUCCUCUCCAAUGUAAGCUAUCCUGAGUGUUUUUGAUCUUAGCCAUUCUGACAGGUGUUAAGAUGAUAUCUCAGAGUCAUUUUGAUUUGCAUUUCCCUGAUGACUGAGGAUGGUGAGUAAUUCCGUAAAUGUCUUUCAGCCAUUUGGGAUUCUUCUGUUGAGAAUUCUCUGUUUAGAUCUGUACCCCAUUUUGUAAUCAGAUUAUUUGGUAUUUUGAUGUCUAAUUUGUUGAGCUCUUUAUAUAAUUUGGAGAACAGCCCUCUGUCAGAUGUGGGGCUGGUGAAGAUCUUUUCCCAUUCUGUAGCCUGUUGUUUUGUCUUAUUUACUGUGCCCUCUGCCUUACAAAAGCUUCUCAGUUUCAAGAGGUCCCAUUUAUUGUUGUUUUCAGUGUCUGUGCUACUGGUGUUAUAUUUAGGAAGUGGUCUCCUGUGCCAAUGCAUUCUAGGCUACUUCCUACUUUCUCCUCUAUUAGGUUCAGUAUAGCUGGAUUUAUGUUGAGGUCUUUGAUCCAUUUAGCUUUGAGUUUUGUGCAUGGUGACAGAUAUGGAUCUAUUUACAAUCUUCUACCUGUUGACAUCCAGUUAUGCCAGCACCAUUUGUUGAAGAUGCUUUCCUUUUUCCAUUGUACAUUUUAAGCUUCUUUUUCAAAAAUCAGGUGUUCAUAGGUGUGUGGGUUAAUGUCAGAGUCUUCAAUUUGAUUCCAUUGAUCCACGUGUCAGUUUUUAUGCCAAUAUCAAGCUGUUUUUAUUAUUAUAGCUCUAUAGUAGAGCUUGAAAUCAGGGAUAGUGAUGCCUCCAGAAAUUCCUUUAUUGUAUAGGAUUGUUUUAGCUAUCCUGGGUUUUUUAUUUUUCCAUAUGAUGUUGAGUAUUGUUCUUUUGUGGACUGUGAAGAAUUGGGUUGGGAUUUUUAUUGGGAUUGCAUUGAAUCUCUAGAUUGCUUUUCGUAAGAUUGCCAUUUUUAUUAUGUUGACCCUACCUAUCCAUGAACAUGGUAGAUCUUUCUAUUUUCUGAUAUCUUCUUCAAUUUCUUUCUUUAAAGACUUAAAAUUCUUGCCAUACAGGUCUUUCACUUGCUUAGUUAGAGUUACCCCAAGGUAUUUUAUAUUAUUUGUGGCUAUUGUAAAGGAUGAUGUUUCCCUGAUUUUUUUCUUACCUAUUUAUCAUUUUUUUUUUUGGAGCUGAGGACUGAACCCAGGGCCUUAUGCUUGCUAGGCAAGUGCUCUACAACUGAGCUUAAUCUCCAAUCUCUUAUCAUUUAUAUAUAGGUAGGCUACUGCUUUUUUUGAGUUAAUCUUGUAUCCCACCAGUUACUGAAGGUGCUUAUCAGCUGUAGGAGUUCCCUGGUAGGAUUUAUAGGGUCACUUAUGUAUACUAUUAUAUCAUCUGCAAAUAGUGAAAGUUUGACUUCUUCCUUUCCAAUUUGUAUCCCUUUGAUCUCCUUUUGUUGUCUUAUUGCUCUAGCUAGAACUUCAAGUACUAUAUUGAAUAUGUAUAGAGCAGUAGCCUCUAAUAUCUAGUAUAAGAUGAUACUUCCUGAAUUAAUUUUGAUAUUGCAUGUCUUGAAAUUAUCCUAUUUAUUCUAGAUUUUCCAGUUUAUUAUAUAUAAUAAACUUUCAAAACAUCUCAAAGUCA